GUGUUAGAUAACAAGUGAUCAAAACAGCUGGAACUUGUGUUGGUGUUCGUGUGUGUUGCCGGGCUCCCAAGUCAGCCAAGAUGUUCGUUAAGCCCUUCAGAAUCAAGUCACAAACACAGUUAAAGGGUUCAGAUAGGAAAAAACUGCGAGCUGAAUUAUCACAGGCAUACCCAUCUCUUACAUCGGAAGAUUUGUCCAAGCUCAUUCCCGGCAAAGAGGAUGUUACUCUUGUGCGCAUGUAUUGCUACAAAGGAGAAUCUGUCAAUGUUUAUCAGGUUCAAAAGGAUCCGAUCUUCUUCACAAUUGAUAAAGACAAGGUAGUAUACCCUACAGUGUAUUUGCUGUGGAGACACCCAGAGCUUAUGCAUACCUUUACAACGCAUACACAUGUCAUUGGUGUGUUAGCAGGUGGAGCUGAUCUCAUGUUACCUGGAAUUAUUACAAAAGGAGAGAUGAGUCCGUAUUCAUAUGGCAAGUUUGAGAAAGGCUUCCCUGUUGCCAUCAACACUACAGAUAACAAGGCUCCUCAGGCAGUGGGUGUUACUGCACAUAGCUCUAUGGACAUGUAUAUGUGUGGAAGACAUGGUAAAGGUGUCAGCAUCCUGCAUGUUUACAGAGAUCAGCUGUGGGAAAUGGGUUCCAGAAGUCCCCCACCUACUAUGGGGCCACCUGAUAUAAUACUAAGUGGUCAAGUUGUCAUAGAGAAUGAAGAUAGUGCUGAAGAAAUUAUAGUUGGUAGUGAAACAGAUGAGAGCGAGAAACUAAAAGAGAUUUCUCCAGAGCAAGUAACAGAUGACGUUGAAAAACUAAUCUUGUUAGAGGAGCCAACGCCUGAUAGCAGUAGCAACCUCAGCCCGGAAAACAGCACACCUAAAGAAGACACUCCUCAAACAACUGGUCCUGAAGCAAUGGAUAAGCUACUGCUCCAUUGUUUUCUGAAGGCUUGGAAGACGUCUGGAAAGAAGGUGGCGCUCCCUAUCCUUACGAGCAAUUUUUACCGCUUGCACAUGAUUCCGGCUUGUCCAGAUGGAGCAUCUUUGGAUAUUAAGAAAUCAUCAUAUAAAAAAUUGUCAAAGUUUUUAAAUGCAAUGGCCAAGGAAGAAUUAAUCCAAGUGAAAGAGUUCCCUAAGGGCAUUGAAAAUAUUACAGCAAUUAACUGGGCACAUGAAGACAUAAAGUCAUUUAUUGUUGAUCAGGAGGAAACGAGCAUUAAACCCGAGGCCAAUAAAAAAGAUAAUUCGCGAACAUUCACACCACCUCUCAUAGAGGAAGUUCAUCAGGUGUCUGGAGAUACAUUGCAUUUUUUUAAAGCAAAUGGUCUUAGUAAAGGUGAUGUCUUAUCUAUGGCUGAAGUUAGAAGCAUAGUUACAGACUACAUAAAAGUGAAGGGCCUUCAAAAAGAAGGACACAGAAUGGUUAACCUUGAUACACUCCUGCAUGAAGCAGUGGUAAACAGGAAAGAAGGCUACAAGGAGACUUUACGGUGGGAUGAAAUUUUUUCGCGCAUGCUGGGAAGAAUGGCACCAGCAGUGAGAAUCACCAGACAGGGUUCUGUGCCAGUUAUCAGGAAGGGCAAGUUGGAGCUCAUUGAGCUGGCAGUGGCUAAAAGAAGUGGUAACAAGAAGGUGACAUUGGUGUACAAUGCCAGUUUAUAUGGCAUUGAUGAGGCAGAGUUUGCCCACCAGAUCCAGGUUGGUGUUGCUGCCAGCACAAGUGUUGGACCUGCGGAACAUAAGCCUCAAGGAACUACUCAGGUUCUUAUUCAGGGUAACCAGGUUGCCUUUAUUGGCAAACUUUUGCUAGAAACGUACCAAAUACCAAGGAAGUACAUCAGAGGCUUGGAAUUAGCACCAAAAAACAAGAAAUAGUUGCAUUUUGUUUUCAGUUAUGCUGUUGCCUCACAAGCAUAAUUUAUGCACUCUCCCGC